GGUGGCGGGAGAGACGCGGCUGGCGGCGCACCGCGCGGUCCUGGCCGCCAGGAGCCCCGUGUUCCGAGCCAUGUUCCAGCACGACACGCUGGAGGCCAGCUGCGGCGAGGUCAGAAUGGCGGACGUGGGGGGCCCUGUCCUCAGGCAGCUGCUGUCUUACAUGUACACCCUGGAGGCACCCCAGCAGACCGACACGGCCCGGGAGCUGUUGACGGCAGCCGACAAAUACGGCCUGUCAGCCCUGAAGGCCGCCUGCGAACAGCAGGUGGCGGCGCAGCUGGAGGUGGAGACGGCGGCGGCUGCCGCUGUGCUGGCGGUGAGGCACUCGUGCCCCAGCCUAACUGCGGCCGCCGUCCACUUCAUAAGGGCCCACGAAUAUAAAGUAAUGGCGACGCAGGGCUGGGCAGAUGCUGUGCGUAGCUGCCCUGAGCAUCUGAUUGAAGUGAGUCGGCUGCUCGGUGAGCCACCAGCAGAACCCAGCGCGCCGGCCGCCCCCGCCGACCGGCCGCCCAGCGGCAGCAGCCGGACCACCGCCGCCGCCCCCGCCACCCCCGCCGCCCGCCGAUCUCCCCCGCCGCCCGACAGCGCCGCCGUCUCCCGCCUGCGGAGCCUCUCUCAACAGGAGAGAGGGAGGAGGCUGAUAGAGGCGGCCGAGCAGGGCGCGGUGGAGCAGCUGCGCGAGUUGCUGGCGGCGGGGGCGGACGUGGGGGCGAGGGAGGAGUGUGGGGGCGACUAUACCGCCCUGCACGUGGCAGCAGACGGGGGUCACGAGGCGGCGGCCAGCUGCCUCGUCGGCGCCGGCGCGGAGGUCGACGCCAGGGACGGCUCGGGGCAGAGGACGCCCCUGCACUGGGCUGCAGAGAACGGCCACGCUGGUGUGGUGCGGCUGCUGGUCGGCGCCUCUGCUGACCCCAACGCCAGGGAUCGGUGGGGGGAGACGCCGCUGCACUCGGCGGUAGCGGGGGGCAGCGCAGAGGCGGCGGCUGAGCUCCUCCUGGCGGGGGCGGACAGGGGGGCCCGGGAUGUGUAUGGCAGGACCCCCCUGGACCUCGACAGGGAGAAUGACGACCAGGAGCUGGUGGAUAUGCUGACACAACGCUGA